GCAGCGGGAGGCGGGGACGCCGCGUAGGCCCCGGAGGCCGGGCCCGCCGGGCUGCAGCUCGGGCCUCAUGCGCCGCCGCCGAGGCCCCCACGAUGUUCCCGUCGCGGAGGAAAGCGGCGCAGCUGCCCUGGGAGGACGGCAGGUCCAGGUUGCUUCCUGGUGGAUUUCCCCGGAAAUGCUCUGUCUUCCACCUCUUCGUUGCCUGUCUUUUCCUGGGCUUCUUCUCCCUGCUCUGGCUGCAGCUCAGCUGCUCUGGUGAUGUGGCCCAGCCAGCCAAGGGACAAGGGCAGGAGACUCUGGCGCCACCCCGGGCCUGUCCUCCAGAACCACCCCUUGAGCACUGGGAAGAAGAUGCAUCCUGGGGUCCCCACCGCCUGGCUGUGCUUGUACCCUUCCGUGAACGCUUUGAGGAGCUGCUGGUGUUCGUGCCCCACAUGCACCGCUUCCUGAGCAGGAAGAAGAUCCAGCACCACAUCUACGUGCUCAACCAGGUGGAUCACCUCCGGUUCAACCGGGCAGCACUUAUCAACGUGGGUUUCCUGGAGAGCAGCAACAGCACGGACUACAUAGCCAUGCACGACGUGGAUCUGCUCCCUCUCAAUGAGGAGCUGGACUAUGGCUUCCCUGAGGCGGGCCCCUUCCACGUGGCUUCCCCGGAGCUCCACCCGCUCUACCACUACAAGACCUACGUUGGGGGCAUCCUGCUGCUUUCCAAACAGCACUACCAGCUGUGCAAUGGGAUGUCCAACCGCUUCUGGGGCUGGGGCCGUGAGGAUGAUGAAUUCUACCGGCGCAUCAAAGGAGCUGGACUUCAGCUUUUCCGCCCCUCGGGAAUCACAACGGGGUACAAGACGUUUCACCAUCUGCAUGACCCAGCCUGGCGGAAGAGGGACCAGAAGCGCAUUGCAGCUCAAAAACAGGAGCAAUUCAAGGUGGACCGCGAAGGGGGCCUGAGCACUGUGAAGUACCGGGUGGACUCCCGCACCGCCCUGUCGGUGGGCGGGGCCCCCUGCACUGUUCUCAACAUCAUAUUGGACUGUGACAAGGCUGCCACUCCUUGGUGUACGUUUGGCUGAUUGGCUAGAUGGUAGGAAAGUGCCCGCCUAUAGACCACACUGCUGCUCAGGCUCAGGAGCAAACCUCAGGCCGUGGGCCCAGCUAGGCCCAGAAGGAUGUUGAAUGGCCUGAAGAAAGAGCUCUGAAUUUACAGAUGCCCGGCCUGCCCACAGAGGCAGACUACAGUCAUGACAGACACCUGGUGUGCUGGGGAUACUGCUGGCAGUGGACAGUGACCAGAGGGAGGCUGGAAAGGGACUUAGGCUUGGCCGUGUCCACCGGCCUUCCUGCCUGCCUUCACACGUCAAGGCCCAUCGGCACUGGGGAGCCUUGAACAGGACAUGCAGUGACAGUUCAGACAUGUGGCUGAGAGCUGGCGGUGUGAGAAGCUUACAAGCCCCACAGAAAGGAGCAGCUGACCAGCAGAUCCUGGGGGUCACCACACAGGACUGUGGGCUGGCUAUCACUAGAUGUUCUGAUUUUGCAAAAGAAAUAAGA